AUUCGUGGGCCAAAAAAGCUCCAGUUUGGUCGUAUGCCGGAAAUUAUGCGGUCUCUCUCGACAAACCGGUGAUGGUGCGCGAGAAGUUCUGAAGCGGAUGCUGCGCGAAGAUGGGCUCGACCCGACCGCUUCUCAAAGCUAUAGCUAUCUUAGAAAUCGAUCAGAACAAGGAUAUCUUCUGGAUAUGGUCAUAUCCAUCGGUCAGUGCCCAGACAAAAACUUCGAUACAAUCGAAGGUCGCAUUCGAGUCUGACGAAUUCAUCGUGAUUCAAACCGACGAAGGAUGGUUUUACGCGCUCAGCCGUCGAGGCUCGACGAAUGCGAGGGUCCUCGCGGUCACCGUCGUGCUGCAGGCGGACGCUUUCCAUCCUCAAAGAUACAGGCGGCUUCUGAGUGUUCUGAACGAGAGCUAUCAGACGAACAAUAGUCCACCGGAACUUCUGAGAAUUUAUCUGGUCGCUCAAACGAAACAGAUCAUCAACGAGAAUGGCUUCUCAGUCGACUUGAGGAGCCUGCCAGCACCUACCGAGAGUGUGCCCAUUAAAGAGUUGAUACGCGCCUUCCAAACGGAGACGAUUCUCGUAUACACGGCACUCCUGCUCGAACUGCGCGUAAUGAUCUACCAUCAUUCAGCGGACGAUCUUCAGCAGAUGGUUGCAGCUGCAGCAUCGCUCAUGUCUCACAGGCGAAAUCCCUUCGAAAACACCUAUCCUCUCAUGGGCAAUACCGAGGCGGAUGUCUCUUUUCUCAGAGGCAAGAAAACCUAUCUAGCUGGCGUUACGGACGCUUCCAUGGGCACUCGAAUGGAUAUGAUGGACCUUUGGGUAGCUCUGCCCUCUGCUGAAGUGGUCAUCGCGCUUCACGCCAAAGAAGCCCUAUCACGCUGUAAAACGCACAAAGAAAUCGCGCUCUUCAUGUGUCGCUGUUCUGAAAAUACUCGGAUGUCAGACGGCGACGUCGUAAGGGAGAUCGCAUUGAAGACGCGGAACCUAUUAUCAGCCGUUACAAAAACCGUUCGCGGACGCCCCGAGAUGUCCGCGGAGAAAGCCAUAGGAGCGGCGAAUCUCUCGCCUACGUUGGAGUCUUUCUACAAAGCGAUCGCAAGAAUCGAAAAAAUUCACAACUGAUCUCAUUCAUGUAGAAUAUUGUGUUCUAGCCCCUCCCGCGGCGUGAUCCCGUCGGUGAUGAGUCCAGACCGGAGUAUUCAAGAUUUGUGUCAUAUCACGGCUCAGGCAUAUCUCAUCGGACUGGGCACCAGCGAUGAGUUCUCCCCGCAUAGUACGAGCUCAUGACUCAUAAGCAUUGAGAUCUUGCUGAGCAUAAACCAGGUCUGAACCGACACCGACUUAUUAUCCGAUCACUUGACUAAGUAGUUCUCAAUUAGGUAGCGAGUGAUCUUCCAUG